AGUUUGCACAUCUCUAAUCCCAAAUUGCAGAAAAGCGAAGGAAAUUUAAAAAUUGAAAAUAAAAUAUUAAAAGAUUGCUUACAAGAUGGCCCAAUCCAGCUCCAUGAAACUCAUAGGAGCUCGCAACAUGAGUUGCGUUGUGGAGCGCAUGGAGUGGAAUAACAAAAUGGAUCUCAUUGCCUAUGGAACUGAGAAAGGUGAGGUGAUUAUACAGCGCUUGAAUUGGCAAAAGAUUGUCACAUUUCCCACACCUGGCGAAGAUGUACGCGUUCGUUCACUUAGCUGGCAAAUGGAUGAGACUCUGUUGGCCGUGGGUUAUAGCAAUGGCAAGGUGGCCCUGCUUGAUGCCGAAAGCGAAACAAUUAUAUCGGGACUUAUCUACGAUGAUGACAUUAAAAAAGUUUACUUCAGCAAAGCCAUCAACUGUCAAGAGAAACUGGAGAGCUACACAAGCAAUGCCAAGGAUAAGCAUAAACGCUUUCUGCCUAAACUGCAACCGCUGACCAAUAUUGAUCCAUGCCUAAAGAGUCUCGAUCAGAAAUCUUUUCCCAAGGGUUCACCUUGUUUUCUUGUUGUAAUCAUGCGCAGCGGUAAAGUGCAUCUUCUGUUGCUUGGAGCUCUUCAGGCGGGCAGCAUUGAUCUAACCCAACACAUAUUGCAUCCGGAACAGUUUGAGGUGUACGAUGUACGCUUGAAUGGAGACUUUAAUGCCAUAUAUGCGUUACUUCGUGAUGGACAGCAAUUGAAAUUGCUUCACUUUCACAACCACGUGUUACAGGAAUGUAUGUCGCCCAUGUUGGAGCUGGCUGCUCAUUGUGCUCAUAUUUUGGAAACCAAAAACUAUAUUAACGAUACUCAACAAUGCCUGACAGAGGCUUGGGAAACUGUCCAAUUGGAGAUGGACAAUAAACUUACAAAAUAUGCCAAUUCACAGACUUAUGGCAUGAUAUCCGCCAAUUAUUUGGAGCUAUUUGUCUUUGGCUAUGCCACUUUAGAGGUUGAAGAAUUUCUGUUCGAUACUCUGACGGAGAAAGGCUUUAAAAAGAUUGCCAACUCAGUGGAACUGAGUCUUAACAAUUUGAAGAGUCUAGUUUUUAAACAAUUAAACGGUGCGGCUGUCAAUAUGUUUUACUUUCUCAAUACUAUUGCUGGAUUUGGACGGAUAUCACAUUUCUUUGAGGCUUUAAUAUCGCCGGAUGUGGCCAAUGAGGCGAUGCGUGCUUGCGGAGCUUUUCUACUCAAAGUCCAUGAGCUGCAGCGGACAAUAGAUACUUUGGUUUAUGAUAUGAAGCUAUUUCACUCUUGGAUGGUUAUUACUACGAUUCGGCUAUCGCAUCAAGAGAUACCCGACAUUAAAGUUUUUACCGAAGAAGAGAAUCAAGCAUUGGCCGAGUUCAUUUGCUCAAUGGAACCAGAGCUAGAAAAUGAAGAUGAUGAAGACGAGUCGGUGCCAGAGGCAUCAGCAUCUCCUUUGCCACAACGAAGCAAAUUUAAUUUGGAACGUGUCGGUCAAUACUUGGAAAAUUCGUAUCUAACUCAACCACAGCAAGUGGACACCAAACAGUUGUGGGAGCAAAUGAUAGCCGAAAACGAAUGCUUCGCUGAUUGUAAUCUCUUUGUGCCGCAUGACAAAAAACUAUCGCUCAUUCAGCAGCGGGAGAAGAUGUUCAAUGCCAUCGAUGCGGUAUUCCAUAAGCCCACCGAAAGCAUUAGUGCCAGUUUCAAGCUUAGCAAUGCUAUAAUUUGCGGGGAGCUGCCACCAAUGAUGACAGAACAACUGGACGAUCAAGAUGAAUCGGUUGAUUUUGUCACCUGCAGUUACCAUGUAUACGAGGCGGCCAAAUGCGAUAUGCUAGCCUUGACAAUAAGUUGGCAAGAAGCUAUGGUUCUAGAGUUAAGUCGCAGCGGUGAUUGCCUCCUUCGCUGUACACGUGUGCAGUUGCAACCGGGCCCAUUUACCCAGCAGCUGCACGAGGACUAUUAUAAUCUACGUUUUGUUGAUCUGCAAUUCUACAAUGAAUCUUCGUUGUCAAUGCUAGCCCAGACAAGCACAUCUGCGUCAAGUCCUCGUCCACAUAGCUACUUUGUUCAAUUCUCGCUGAGCGCGGCAAGGAAUCAGUGUACACAACAUCAAUUGGCUCCGCUAAUGAAAUUAACAGACGCCACAGUGACACACAGUAUUCAUGACAUUGCCGAUGGAGCCGCCUUUAAAGGACUCGAUGGAGUUUGUGAAAUGCUUGCUGUUUCCGGUAGUCGUAAAGUUGCCACGGUUUUGUCCGAUCGCAAACGUAAAAUGACUAUUUAUGAAAUGGAGAUAGAAGAGGAAGAGGAUGACACCGAAAUGUCACAGGCAUCGUUUUUGGAAAUAAGUAAAGAGUCUGUUCUUGCCGGUGCUAGUGAAUCAGAGGAGAAGGCUGAAUCAUAGAUCAACUUAUUUAAACUUAGUUAACCUAGGAUAUUGGAAUUUUAUUGUUACGAAAAAUACAAACGCCAAUGUAUGUA